CGCCGGUGGCCGGAUCAUCACGGAGGGGCUGGCGGAGACCCUCCAGCCGUCCCUCACCAGCAUGUCUCGUGCCCCCCACGCCACGGCCCUGCCUUGGGCUCUGCUGCUGCUCGGUGAGGUUCCUGGCGCAGGAUGCGGCCCGCCCAGGGCUGCCUCCUCCCGCCGGCUGCUUAUAACGCGGCGCUGGGGCGCCCGGCCAGCCAGUCCUCCGUCUUCCCCAACGUCAGCAUCGCCGUCAACGCGGUGGACGGGAACCGGGACGGCGUCUGGCAACCACGGCUCCUGUAGCCACACGCGGCGAGAGCGGGAGCCGUGGUGGAGCGUGGACCUGGGCGGGCGCCGCGCCGUGGCGGCCGUGGUGGUGAAGAACCGGCAGGAUUGCUGCUGGGAGCGGCUGCGGGGAGCGCAGGUCCACGUCGGCGACGCGCCGGCCGAGCGCGGCAGGUUCAACCCCGUCUGCGGCACCAUCACGGACGCCGGCCCCGGUUCGCUCAGCACCAUCUGCUGCGCCGGGCUGCCGGGUCGCUACGUCUCCAUCCUCAUCCCCGGCCGGGAGGACGCGCUGGUGCUGUGCGAGGUGGAGGUGGUGCUGCAGGGCUGCCUCCCCCUGCCCGGAGGGUGGGGUCGCCCCGUCGCCCAGUCGUCCACGCUGAACGCCAUCAGCCUGGCCGCCAACGCCGUGGACGGGAACGGCGACGCCGACUGGGAGGCGGGCUCCUGCGCCCACACCGAGAAGGAGCUGGAGCCGUGGUGGCGUGUAGACCUGGGUCGCCGGUACACCGUCGACGCCGUCACCGUCACCAACCGCCGCGACUGCUGCUGGGAGAGCCUCCUCGGCGCCCAGGUCCACGUCGGGGACUCCCUGGCCGACCACGGCAAGCGCAACCCUGUCUGCGGGGCCAUCUUGGAGACCGGUCCUGGCUCCACCAGCACCGUCUGCUGCAAUGGGCUGCCGGGUCGCUACGUCUCCGUCAUCAUCCCCGGCCGGGAGGAUUUCCUCGUCCUCUGCGAAGUGGAGGUGACGGCGCAGAGAGCUGCUUCCCCCCGCCCGGCCGGUAAGGACCGAAAGACCCCCCCGGCAGGGAGCCAGCACGUGCCGGAUGGCCGUCGGCGAGCGUUGACCUCCCCGAGCCCCCCAGAGGUGAUCCGGUCCCUGCAGCGCCAGGAGAAAUUGGGGCGGGGGCGUGAGGGUCCCAGGGUUGGGGACGUGGAUGUCACACGUGUCGCUGAGCUGGUGGGCACGUCGGUGUGCCGGGACGCGCGAGCAGCCGGAGCUGGCGUCACCGUCCCGUGGCGUCCCCCAGCCCAAAACCUGGCCUUGCGGCGCCUGGCGGCACAGUCCUCCACAGCCGGCCGCGCCGGGCAGGCCGUGAACGCCGUGGAUGGGAACCGGGAUGGUAACUGGCGGCACGGCUCCUGCUCUCAAACCAAGAGGGAGCCGGAGCCGUGGUGGACGGUGGACCUGGGUCGGCGCCGCGCCGUGGAGGCCGUGGUGGUGAGGAACCGCCUGGACUGCUGCUGGCACCGGCUAAAAGGCGCCCGCGUCCACGUCGGGGACUCCCUCGCCGGCCACGGCACCAAUAACCCCGUCUGCGGCACCAUCACGGACACCAGCCCCGGCUCCACCAGCACCGUCUGCUGCCGGGGGCUGCGCGGCCGCUACGUCACCAUCACCGUCCCCGGCCGGGAGGAGCGGCUGAGCCUCUGUGAGGUGGAGGUGGUAGAGCAGGCGGUGGCUGCCAACGCUGUCGAUGGGAACCGGGACAGCAACUGGGAGCACGGCUCCUGCGCCCACACCACGGAGGAGCCGGAGCCGUGGUGGCGCGUAGAUCUCAGCCGCCGGCACGCCGUCUACGCCGUGGUGGUGAAGAACCGCCACGACUGCUGCUGGGAGAGGCUGAAGGGUGCCGAGAUCCACCGUCGGCGGACUCCCUGGUCGACCGCGGCCGGCGCAACCCCGUCUGCGGCAUCAUUACGGACGCCGGCCCCCGGUUCGCUCAGCACCGUCUGCUGCCACGGGCUUCGCGGUCGCUACGUCUCCAUCCUCAUCCCCGGCCGGGAGGACGCGCUGGUGCUGUGCGAGGUGGAGGUGAUCCGGCAAGGCUGCGCCCCGCUGCCUGGAGCCCCCAACGUGGCGCGGGAGCAGCGGGCGACGCAAUCCUCCACCUCCAAUGGCUCCGGCGUCGCAUCCAAGGCGGUGGACGGGAACCGGGACGGCGUCUGGCAACACGUGGACGGGAACCGGGACGGCGUCUGGCAACACGGCUCCUGUAGCCACACGCGGCGAGAGCGGGAGCCGUGGUGGAGCGUGGACCUGGGCGGGCGCCGCGCCGUGGCGGCCGUGGUGGUGAAGAACCGGCAGGAUUGCUGCUGGGAGCGGCUGCGGGGAGCGCAGGUCCACGUCGGCGACGCGCCGGCCGAGCGCGGCAGGUUCAACCCCGUCUGCGGCACCAUCACGGACGCCGGCCCCGGUUCGCUCAGCACCAUCUGCUGCGCCGGGCUGCCGGGUCGCUACGUCUCCAUCCUCAUCCCCGGCCGGGAGGACGCGCUGGCUCUCUGCGAGGUGGAGGUCUACAGCGUCUUCCCCGAAUUCUGA